AUUGAUGAAGUCUCCAAGCGAAGUCGUAUGUAGAGCAUAUCGUAAAUAUGGCAAAAUAUAGAGGUGAUAAAGGAAUUCUGAAAAGAGCCUUUGAUUUGAGCGAAUUGCCGAAAACUGUGGAUUUGAACUCUCCACCUGUAAGUGGGCUUGAUUAUUUGUAUAGAGUACGUUUAGAAUCGAGAAAAUGCCCAAAAAUUGUAGUGUCAAAUAUUGACACCGCACAGUUCUUGCAUCUUCAAAAUGUAAAAGUUGAUUUUUGCAAUGGUUUUGUAGCUGCGAAACCAGGUUUCGCUCCUGAUCCCAGAUGGCAGAAAGAAGUACUUGAAUUAUUUAUGCAUUCUAAACAACGAUUUUCAAAAAAUCGAGUUAUGCUGAAAACGAAAUUCCCUCGACCAGAUUUCCCAAAGUUGAGUAAACAAGAACAAUGGUGCAUUUUUUGUCUUGGGCCAAAAAAGCAUGAUGAAUUGUAUAAUGUGUUAUCAAAAACAGACUGCGAACCUUCUGCUAAAGGCAAAAAAUUGCGUUUGAGUGAAAGCGGUAAUGAACCGUUACUUAGUGUUGUUGCCCAUUUAAAUCAGCGAUCUGUAAUACGGUUAUUAUCAUACCAUAUAGAUUGGCUAGAAGAUGGAAGUUUUACUCAUGAUCAAGGUGUUUGGAUAUAUGCACUUCUUGUGUGUCUUGAAAAACCCCUAGAGCCAGAUACUUGUGCUCUUCUACGUUCUUUAUCAAGAUGUUGUACCACUCACAGGGCUAAAUUAAAUAACCCUGAAGAUACUGUUCUGAAAUCUUUGAAUUUAAUUAUUUCAAUCAUAGCAAAUUAUUUUGAUCAAAAAGAUAUGAGUGAUAAAUUUACUACAGAUUAAUAGCUAUCUUAUUCUGGAGAUGAAUAAUAAUUAUGCAAGUUCUUAAUAACAGUAGACUGAUUGGUUGAUCUUUAGAUUAUGGUAAUUUGGCGACCAACUCUGCUACAGCAACCCUCUUUUUUUUUUUUUUUUUUUUUCCGCCGCCAUUUGGUCUUAACGAAGUAAAGACAUGUUUCUUUUCAUU